ACCCUUGCAAAAUUUUAUUUUUGUUUAUUUUCUUUGGAAAACCCACAUUUUGGCAUUUUGCUUUCAUUUUGCCCCCCCUGUUUGGAGCAUUUGUACUUGCAGAGCCGAGGCUUCACAUCUCAGAGCAAUCGAGCUAGCUGAUACAGCGCUCUCUCUCUCUCUCUCUCUCUCUCCCCGAGCUCUAAUACCGCCGGAGAAAUGGCCUUCUUACUCAGCAAAUCUACCUUGUUUUCUCAGUUGCGAUCCCAUUCUCAGAAGACGGAAGACUCACUAGCUCUUUCACGACGUGGAUUCCAUAUUGAACCAGGGGCUCGCGAAAAGGCUCUAUUGGAAGCUGCACCGGCAUUGAAGCGGUUCAAAUCACAUAAGAAGAAUGUUUGGCGAGUCAAAAGAAUGGGGGAUGUGCUCACGAUUGUUGUUGUAGCUGGUUGUUGCUAUGAAAUCUAUGUUAGAGCAGUAAUGCGAGAAGAAGCUCGGAAACAGGCUGAGGAAAACAACUGAAGGUGCAUAAUGUGGUGUUAGUUCGAGGUUGCUAUCUUUGUUUUGCAGCAGCCUUCCCUCUAUACGAGCCUUCCAUGUUGAAUAAGCAGGACGAUCAUGUUGCACUUCAAUGCUUGUGACACCAUAGAUUCUGCUCAUUUGGCCCUUCCCACCUUUCAAUCUUCAAUAAUAUCUGUUAUGUAGUGAUUUCACUGAAUUUAAUGAGUAUUAUGAUUUUUUUUUUUUUUUCUGAUUUCUCAUGUUCACUUUUGUUUUGAAGUUCAUCUCUUUUGGAUGCCA